AUGCUAGAUACGGGUGUUCUACUUGUAUUAUGUUGGGUUUUGGCCAUAUUAGCGCCACAUGGGUCACAUAUAGCUGCACAAUCUGAUUGGUCCAACAACGAAGUCGCCUGCGGAAUCGGUCAGUUUGCAUGCGAUGGCCGUUGUGUUCCAUUAAAAUGGAAGUGUGAUGGGGAACAAGACUGCGCGGAUGGCUCGGACGAGUUGUCCUUUUGUGCGCGAUGCGGUUCGGACGAGUUUCGCUGUCAGUCUGGACGAUGCCUUCCGAAACGAUAUCUUUGUGAUGGUACUGCUGAUUGUGGAAGUAAUGGUAUUGAUGAUGAUUCUGAUGAGGAUCCGAUAGUGUAUUUGCAGGUCUACAAAAAGCUGCCUGCCCACCAAAUUUCUAUUCAUGUCGUCAUGAGACCAAAUGUAUACAUUUGUCACAAUUUUGUAAUGGUAUAG